CGAGCCAGGCAGCGGCCCCCUGCUGUUUUGGCGCCGUCCCAACUCCGCAGUCGUCUGAUGUAGAUCGACACCCUUUCGCUCGACUGGUUAUUUAUUAUUUGCACAGGCUGGUGCCUUCUUCACGCCCACCAUUGUCCGCUACGAGACCGCUAAACCGCUGAACCGCUGUGCCUUCGUUAUCGAACGGCUGUUGGAUACCUAGUUGGGCCUCCCUGGCACUGGCGGCCACCAAACCGGGGCAUCGUUGCCUCUUGUGCAGCGACCUUUCCGCUCGGGUCUGAGCUAUACCACACGCCCUUAUCCUGCGAGCUGGGCCUCGCGCCGCCAUGUCGAGGCAAGAAAGGCCAAUAGUUGCGUCUGUCGAGGACGCCGACGAGUCUGGGAACAUCAUCGCGGGAACGCACCGCUACGCAUCGUCGGUUGCCCCGAGCAGUCCAGCCAAAGAACAACCCAACACUGGGCGAGCGAGGAAGGAGAAGACGAGGAAAGGUUCUUCCUCGCCGGUAACCACGAGCGUCGUCACCGACUCCGACUCGACGGUGCAUCCGCGGAGAGACACACUCAAAAAGCCGAGCAAGGACCGCGACAAGUCAGUUUCGAGCAGCAAAAAGGCGCUCAUGACUGCCUCACGACCGCCGGUCAAGCAUGCGAAGACAACACCGAGCAUGUCAGGACGGGACCAUGAUUCGGUCUACUACGGGGUUGACCCAACCGUCGUCACCUCGGCAACCUCCCGUCCCCGGGCUCAGACCUCACGACCUUCGAGCCUCUACGGCCCUACGAGACCACCGCCUUCCAAUGCGCGAUUCUAUGCAAGUCAACCGCCCGGCUCUUCCUUGCCUACCUCAUACCCUCCCCCUGUGUGGAUGGGGCCGGGGCCGCCGGGGCCAGGACCUGGCCCACUGCCACCGUUCGGCCCGCCGUCGCCCGCGCCUUUAAUUAUGCAGCAGCCGCUGCCGCCGUCCGACUACUAUGCCCGCCCUCUUGAGUCUCGAUUUUCCGUUCGGCCGCAGUCCGCAAUGGGAUUCCGGCCGCCUCCACACGCGAUUGAGUUCGACGACUAUGAAGAAUCUGUGAAUAGAGCGCUAGCCCGGCGGCCAUCCACGACUCGGAAAGCCUCCAAAUUUGAGGACGACAGGAAGGCGAUGCCUCCCCCUCCCCGCAGGCCUUCCUCUGCCCGCCCGACCGCACUCGCCUUCCGCCCUCCGCCAUCCACGCCGGUCAGGCGAAAGGUCGAUCUCGAGGAUCAAGAUGCUGAUCUGGACGACCCCCUCUUCCGUGACCUCUCGCCACUCGCACCCGGGAGUUACGAGUAUUCCUCGCCGUUCCCUUUCCAGCCGCGUCCAAGCUUUGGCGACCUCGGAUAUGAUGGGCCGGACUACCACACCGAGGUAGCUACCAAAGGGCGCCGGCGCCAUUCGUACUACGGCGGUCAGUCGGCAUCUUCCGGUAGCGCUUACGAGGACAAAAUGCGACAGGCCGCCCGCUACCAGGAUGAUGUCGUAGGCGGGCCAAAGAUGCCGUUGACGGCGGAGACCCUCCGAAAGGCAGGCAGGAGUGGUGCGAGCAGUAGAUCCACCAGGAGCUCGGGAAGCCACGAUGAGAGCGACUACCGGCAAUCGGCAACCACUCGGACCACGAGGUCGACCGCGCCCAAUGACGAGGACUUCACCGUCCGCGUGAAGGGGAGCGCGGUGCUCAAGAUUGGCAACGCAGAGAUGCAGUGCGAGGAUGGGGCCGAGAUCAACUUCAGCUCUCGGAGCGGCAACGCCGAGAUCCGUACGGCCAGCGACAGGUCAUCUUACAUGGAUCACGACGAUCGCCGGACCAGGGUGGACUUCCCCACGUCACGAGCCCGCGCCACUUCGCGCGCAAAGUCGCGCGCGAGGUCGCGCGCCAGGUCGUUCUCGCGCCCCUCGUUUGCCCAGUACGAUGUGGCGCCCGAGUACGACGCAUACGACUCUUACGCGCCACCACUACCGCCACCGUAUCCCGAAUACCCCUCGUCGUACUCGUCGCGGCUCGAUGGUGGGUAUUAUCCCCCGCCACUGUAACGGAGACGCGCAUCCAACGACCUGGAAGUGGGCGGGACGACAGCUGGUCCUGUAUGCUGGCGGCGAAUACUUAACGAAGUUGAUGAAAACUCUUAUGAUGAUGGAUAGGGCCAUGGAUUUUCUAAUCUGAGCGAUGAUGUUAAUGACGUCUUUUGGAAAUUUUUCGUGGACAUAACGGCCGACAUUCAUGACUCUUCCUUUCUUUUUUUUUUUUUUCUUUUCUUUUUUUUUUUCUUUUUCCU